AGAACAAACCUCGGUGCACGAAGCAGCUCGCUAAUAACUGCCCUGUCUGCUCUCUCCUUUAAUGUUUCUUGUUAGCCUCUACGGAUCGAACAUAAAUUGCUUCGUUCAUACCCCAGUGACUACCUGGUCAGAUCUAGAAAGAGGACCAGGCGAGGCUGCCACAUAGCUAAGCUUCUCGCGUCGUACAGCUGCACGACGACUGGAGUCCCGGGUGAUUCAUGCCGCUGCCGGGUUCAAGUUUGAUCCUCUCGCCCGACGUCAAGUAUUGAAGACCCUCCGCUGUUACAUCCUACUCCACUCGAAGGGGGUCAAUCUGGAAAAGUCGCACGCGCACGCACGCGCACUUCAUCACUCACUCGCGUCUCGCGGCAGGCACAUCUACAUCCGCGCAAGCGCCUCAACCCAACCCAUAUCGCUUUCUUUCUUUCUUUUCUUUUUUGGCCCACCAUGGGGGAACAGUUCAACGUCGGCCUCGACUCCAAGCUGUUCCAGCCCCUGUCCAUCGCCGAUGGCAAGAUCCAGCUCAAGCACCGCGUCAUUCAUGCGCCGCUGACCCGAAACCGUGGCACGCCCUUGAGCACCGAGUCGACGGCAGAGAACCCCAACCGCAUUUGGAUUCCCAAUGAUAUUGUGCUCAAAUACUACGAGCAGCGCACCACCGAGGGAGGCCUGCUCAUCUCCGAAGGCCUGCCCCCUUCUCUCGAGGGCAAUGGCAUGCCUGGUGUGCCUGGGAUUUUCAUCCCUGAGCAGGCCGAUGGCUGGAGAAGAGUGGUCGAGGCCGUCCACGCAAAGGGCGGAUACAUCUACGCCCAGCUUUGGCACUCGGGGCGCGCAAACAUCCCGCACCUGACGGGCACUCCCAUCGUGGCGCCAUCGAGCGUCCCGUGGGACGAUCCGGAGGAGCGCUACCCCUACCCGCCGCCUCACACGUCGACGCAGGUCAAGCUCGCGGACCAUCCGCCCAUCGAGCUGACCGUCGGGCACAUCAAAAAGACCAUCCAGGACUAUUGCGAUGCGGCCAAGACGGCCAUGGACGUUGGCUUCGACGGCGUCGAGCUCCACGGCGGCAACGGCUACCUGCCCGAGCAGUUCCUGAGCUCCAACUCGAACAAGCGCAACGACGAGUAUGGAGGCUCGCCAGAGAAGCGCUGCACCUUCGUCAUCGAGUUGAUGGAGGCUCUCGCCGAGACGGUCGGCCAAGACAACUUGGCGAUACGGCUCACGCCGUUCGGCCUCUUCAACCAGGCCCGCGGAGAGCAACGCGUCGAGACGUGGAGCCACCUCUGCCGAGAGCUCAAGCACCGCCUCCCCCGAUUGUCCUACGUGAGCUUCGUGGUCCCGCGCUACGAGCAGAUCUUCUCAGAGGCCGAGAAGCAGAAGUUCCUCGACUCGUGGGGCUUGCCCAACGUGAAUCUCAACCUGUUCCGUGAGAUCUGGGGCGACACGCCCUUCUUCUCCGCAGGGGGCUUCAACGACACAAACGCUUGGGGCCAGGUGGAGAGCGGCCAGUGCGAUGGCCUCCUCUUUGGACGUUACUUUAUCAGUAAUCCGGAUCUGGUGGACCGGCUGCGCAACGGCCUGCCGCUCACCAUGUACGAUCGGUCGCGAUUCUACGGGCCGUUCGAGGACCCGACGAUUGGCUACACCGACUAUCCGACAUAUGCGGAGAGCAAGGAGGGACGUUGACCCUCCCCCCUGCGCGGAACUCGGGAGCGUCUUCCGUUUGCACCCUGCGGCGCUACUGGUGCGCCUGGCAGGGCAAAAUUCCAUGUUGGUCACUUUUCAAUCGAGCAUUUAUUCUUCAGCUGGCGCACGGGUCACCUUGCCCAUGUCGAAAGCCACUCUAUUGGUUGGACUAUGUAGCAGUAUAUCUGGAUAUUUUCGGCUGAGCGGCGGGGCGUUUUCAAGAUUUGUCUCAUCUGUUGAUGUGAUGAUGUAGGGCCCAGUGUGAUGUGACCAACAGUGAUCCCGCCAGCUUCUCAAGGUUCAUGUUGGCCAUCCUCCAUGCAGGUAUCUUGUAUCGUGUCUGGUUUCACAUUGAUCAGUGAGGCAUCACUGGUUCUGGACCGCGCUCCAUCAAUCCGCGUUUCAGUCCAUGGCGUGACAACCUACAUGUAUGUAGACCGCGACCACUGAUCCCUCAACUGCUCUGGAAGCACAAAGGUGCUCGCUCCUUUCAUGUCGCCGAUUGAGCAGCCCAGGGGUGUUUAACUACUCUGGUGCGGCGAGAGGGG